AUGAAAGAAUUGGGACGCAGUUACAUCUGGUGGCCAUCGAUUGAUGUUGACAUAGAAGAGACGGCAGGAAUCUGCAAUCAGUGUCAGCAGCAACGCAACAAUCCAUGUUCAGCGCCAGUGCAUCCCUGGGUAUGGCCAACGAAGCCGUGGCAAAGAGUGCACAUUGAUUUUAUGGGACCGUUCAUGAACAAAAUGUUUCUCAUUUUAGUUGACGCGCAUUCCAAGUGGCCGGAGGUGUGGGAGAUGUCUUCCACGACGUCUUCAGCGACAAUUCAGAAAUUGCGGGAAGCCUUCAGCAGGUAUGGAUUGCCAGAGACUAUCGUAUCAGAUAAUGGUACACAAUUUACCUCAGAAGAAUUCAAAAGUUUUGUGCGUGCUAACGGAAUUCGCCACGUGCUAACCGCGCCGUAUCUCCCUUCGACAAAUGGCAUCGCAGAACGAUUUGUUCAGUCCCUGAAGCAAGGGCUUAAGAAGAGCAACGUUCAUCCUCUACAUCUGCGAUUGUACAAUUUCCUGAUGACUUACCGCAACACGCCACAUGCCACUACAAGGGAAUGUACGGCAACACUCAUGAUGGGUAGGCGUCUACGAUCCAGAUUGGAUCUUGUAAGGCCAUCGCUGCACUCCGAAGUCCAACAUCGACAGUUCAAGGGUGCCAUCAACAGACGUGCUCGCGGAAGAACAUUCAACGUUGGAGAUACAGUGCUUGUGCGAAAUUACCGGGGCCACCCUAAGUGGUUAAGAGGUGUGAUUGUUGGACAGUCGGGGCCAGUGUCUUUUCAGGUGAAGGUAUCAACCCGGACGGGAUUUCAUGUCUGGAGAAGACAUCAGGACCAGCUUCUGACCUCUGGGUAUCCUGAUCAAGUUCAGCACCAAGGAUCAUCAGCAAACGACCUGUGGUGGGACUCUACUGGAAGUUCCGAACCUGGCACAUGCAACGCGCCUAUCGAAAGACAGGCUGCGGUCGCCGCGCGACGAUAUCCUCAGCGUCAAAGACGUCCACCCGAUUUCUAUCGUCCAACAUGA